CCAAAAGAAGAAGACUAACCAGCUGGCAUUUGACAGGCUGUCCUCUGCUAACCGAGCUAAACAGCAGAUACAAAUCCUCUGUAUUAACUACAGGUAUAACUUCAUGUGAAGCUGUGGUGUCGGGCUCCGUGUUGUUGUGACCCCCUUGCCCCUCCUCCGGUCAGAGCUGAGGGUUGGGGUCACGUUUUGGACUAAUGUCAUGCAGUCCAGGUGAAGAGGGGGUCCUUCAGGCCGCCUCAAACGUCAACACCCAGGAACUGCUUGACACCCCCAGUGGGACUGCGGCUGCAGGGACAACACCUGAGAAUCCGGUGUUGCCUGUCGUGGAUGAGGCCUCUCCUUGUUCCACUUCCUCUUUCGAGAUGCUUGACAUGGAGUCCGUCCCGGCUCCUUACCGAGAAGUGCAGCCUCACUGGUUCUACUGCAGACGGGCUGAGGAAAGCACCUCCUGGCUCCCUUUCAGCAGAGAAGACUCUGAAAAACUGGAGAAUGCCUGGACCACAGUAAAUGAAAAGAAGGAGGAGGUGGUGAUAGCUGUGGAAGGAGAGCGGUAUGAUGUACAUGUUAAGGGGAGGAAGCGCUAUGCUGUGUACUGGGAGCAAGCUCCCACUGAAGUCCGGCGCUGCACCUGGUUCUAUAAAGGAGACAAAGACACCAGGUUUCUUCCAUAUCCUGAGGACUUCAGCCAAAGACUGGAGGAGGCCUAUAUGAUUGCAGUGACUUUAGACGAAUGGAAGACAAAACUGGAGUUUCCCACCGGAGAGACCGUCAUUCUUCACAAUCCCAAACUUAUAAUGCAGUAUCAACCAAUAGGAUUGCAGGAUGAGUGGGUGUCCUCCCCCUCAGAGCAGACCCGGCCACAAACUGUAAAGAGGGCAGUGGAGAACAUCUCUGUAGAGAUACCUGAUGGUGAACCAGAUAAAGUGGACCACCUCGUCUUUAUGGUCCAUGGCAUCGGCCCUGCAUGUGACUUGCGCUUCAGAUCCAUCAUACAGUGUGUCAAUGACUUCAGGAGUGCUUCCCUGUCCCUCCUGGCCUCUCAUUACAAGCGGGCUCAGCAAGAUGGCGGUAUAGGGAGAGUGGAGUUCCUACCAGUCAACUGGCACAGUGCGCUACACGGGGAUGCCACUGGUGUGGACGAGGACAUCCAGAGGAUCACUCUCCCCAGCAUCAGUAGGCUGAGACAUUUUACCAAUGACACUCUGCUGGACCUGUUUUUCUAUAACAGCCCCACCUACUGCCAGACCAUAGUGGACACAGUGGCUUCAGAGAUUAACAAGCUUCACACCCUCUUCAAACAGAGACACCCAGAGUUCAACGGGGCCAUUUCAGUCGUAGGACAUAGCCUGGGUUCAUUGAUCCUGUUUGACCUGCUAACCAAUCAGAGGAAUGGAUCAGACGGGGUGCCUUCUGAUGAGCCCUUUCGUCUGAACUCUGCCACUCUGGAGCAGAUUCUUACCAGACUUGGCCUCCAGCAGUACCUGGAUACACUACAGGCAGAAAACUUAGACCUGGAAUCCCUGGCUCUUUGCCAAGACAGUGAUCUCAAAGAUUUAGGAAUUCCCCUUGGACCACGUAAGAAGAUCCUGAACUAUGUCAAGAGGAAAUGGCUUCCAGAGGAUUGUAGGACAGUUCGUUUGGCACCAGGGUUGCAAGUCCCACCUCCAGAGACGAGUGAUCCUGAUGGUAACCAGCCCUCAGGACUGACAAUGCAGCAGUCCCAAUUCCACAGGGCGCAGUCCAUCACCAGUGCUGUGGACUAUGAAUACUUUGACAUGGGCAUCGGACAGGUUUCCAUCGACUACCCACAACUGGCUUUCCACCCUCAAACAUUUUUUGCCUUCGGCUCUCCUAUUGGGAUGUUCCUGACUGUCCGUGGCCUCAAACACAUCGACCCCAACUACACCUUCCCCACCUGCAAAAGCUUUUACAACAUUUACCACCCAUAUGACCCUGUGGCCUAUCGGAUAGAGCCCAUGAUUGUGACCGAGACAGACCUGGAGCCCAUGUUGAUUCCUCACCAUAAAGGUCGCAAGAGGAUGCACCUGGAACUAAAGGACAGCUUGACCCGUAUGAGCAUGGAUUUGAAAAACAAUGUUUUGGGAUCGUUGCGGACGGCAUGGCAGUCCUUGGCAAGACUACCAGUAGCUGCGCUGCCCCCAGUAGAGGAAGGAGAAAAUACAACGCAGAGAGACCUUCAGGAGACACAUGUAGCAGCAGUGUGUGAGGAGGCAGAGUCCUCAUCCUCAACAGAGCAGACAGAGCAGCCUGAGAUUAAAGUGGGGAUGUUGAAUGGAGGACGAAGGAUCGACUUUGUACUUCAGGAAAAACCUAUCGAGAGCUUCAAUGAAUACCUGUUUGCCAUCCAGUCUCAUCUUUGUUACUGGGAGUCUGAGGAUACAGCUCUGCUGCUGCUGAAGGAGAUCUACGACAAGCAAGGUGUGGCCUUUGAACAGCCACAACAGUAAUGAAAUUUCAUGAAUGUCAACUUGUUUUCUCAUCAUGACUGUGACCUGAAAGUCAUAAAAUAAGACGCGCUGACAAAGCCAGCGGCUGCAACAAUGCUCUUCAAGAAUGCCUUACUGCCCUGCCCUCUCCGUCUCUCACAGUGGAGGCUGUUUGGCAGCAGUCAGGUGAUUGUGUUUCAGAUAUGUCAGCCAUCCUGUAUUUUUGAGGCAAAGCAGUUUAUUGGUGCCGCCUUAACGCCCAUCACAGGACCUGAUCUGAUGUCUGAGAGUUGUUUCAAAUUCCACCUAAACACCAGUGUUGUGCUCCUGGUUGCACUUUUCUUUCCAUUUUAGGUAAUGCUUUAUUCUAAAUUUUGCACUUUUUUGUACCAGCAGUUGUCAACAUAUGCAUAUCGCUGCAGCUCUAUAAAAUUGAUACAAACAGUACUUAUAAUAAUAGAAAAACAAAAUCUAACAAUUAUACUAAUUUCACAUUCAAUCUCUGGUAAUACCUCUGGGCUGGCAUUUUACAACCAAAAAUAUGUUUAAAACUACCAGAAUAUAAUUCAAAUAGUAUAUUGAUUUAAGAUUUAAAGUUGAAAGUAUAUCCCAGCAAAUAUUAUAAUGUUGAUGUGUCUAACAGGACAUGUCCGUCAAAUCAAGUAGACUUUAAAUCAAGUAAGCUUUCCCUCAGCCUAACAGUAGAUCUUGCUUUUAUCAAUUAAGUGGUCAGGGGAUUUUAUCUGAUUUGCUUUGAAAUGUUUACUUUCUCAUCAGGGAAAUGAAGGUUCAUUUUUUUGUGUUAAGAGUCCUCUUGGCAGCUACAUUUUCUCUCUGUCAACAUUGAGGACUCUUUAAAAGCCAAAGCUGCUACACUGACGUAUGUGCAAUGCAACAAUAAUAUUGAUUUCAUUCAGUUUCUCAUUUCCCACAUGCAGUCCUGUCCUGUUCUGCAAACAUCUUUAAAGGAUAUUUAACCCUCUGCUCAUAUUGCAAAACGUAUUUCAGUUUGAUCAUAUCUUCAUAUGGGUUUUAAAGAAUCAUCCUGAUGAGGGUUUGUGUCAUAAAGGAAGUAGUACAUGCACAUUCUUGAACUGACAAACUGGCUGUCUUUUCUAACUGUGUCUAUGUACUGUAUGUGUGCGAGUACAGCUUGUAGUUUAUAUUUUAGUAGUGUGCAAACUGCGAACAGUACUGAAAGACCAGUUUAACUUCCUCUCUCUGAGGUCCAUGCCACUCCCGUAAAAUGUUUUAUCCUCUCUGAUAUUUUUGGUAUUUGAGCCAAAAUGAAUCCUUCUGUAAUAUCAAACAACAUUUUAUUAUUUUAUUUAAACUAAAACAGACACCAACCAACACCAAACAGUUCAUCCCAUUACAGACCGGUAUCUCACAUAUAAUUAACUUUUUCAUAAUGGAAGGGCCAAAUGGUUCAUGUUCUCUCUUCUUUACUUGUUUCAGGAAAUGGGAACAUCAUCUCUUCUAUCUGUAUUGCAUGAGUUUCUUUUUAAGGUUAGAGCAGGGUUUCUCAACAGCUUCUGCCUCUGACCCCAUUCUUAGGGCCCAAAAUGUUCAUAUUCAUAAAGAUAGUUGUCAAGUGAAAAUAAUAUUUUUUUUGUUUAAAGUGCAUGGUAAUAAGAUUAUAUAUAACUCAUAUUGAAUACAUUAUUUUUUAUUAAAAACAAGAAGAAUCAAAUAUCUAUUAAUCAGUGUUAUGAAUAUUGUUUAUCAGCACUUUUCGUAUCAACAACGUGGGAUCCAGACUAGAAAAUUGAGAAACUUUUUGUUGUGAUUUGUGAAGUGUGAUUUGAGAUGAGUCAUGUGUGAUGGACUGAUGGGGCAGCACAGCCCCCACCACCAAAGCUCUGAAUAACCCUAAAUGAUAUCUCAGUCCUCUGGGUAUAACAGCCACAAAAUAUGUGCUUACACCUAUUGAGCUUGUUCAUUUUUCUUCAUUAAAUAAUGCACUGAAUCUUAUCACAAAGAUGUUUCCUUGAACAUCCCCAUUGUCUCUGUUACGUUCACUGUUUGUGUCUUAACAGUAACACUUGACUUUAUGAUCCCUGACAGAAAAACACUUUUGCACUCGAUACAUGUUGGAACUUAUCAGAAACAAAAUUGUUCUCGUUUCUAAUAAAAUUACCUACCAGUAUGGUUACAUUUUUUGUGUGCCAUAAUAAAAACCAUUACAAGUA